UUAUGGUUAAAAGGUAAAAAUAUUAAGGAUGCAAUUGAUCUUUGAUAAAUUUCAUUAUUUAGUAUUUCAGUAUUCGCACAAAGAUGGACGUAAAAAGAUGAUAGAUUUAUUAAUACAAAACUGAAGAUAAACGGUUAAGACUCUUCUUCUGUAUCGUUUUGAAUUUAUAAGGUAUAAUACGUUUGAAAAAUUAUUUCGUUUAUCGAAAACAAAUUAAUAUUUAGAGUCGUCGUCAAAGGACAAUUCUCAGUUAGAAACGAUCUAUGAAUUCGUAAUAACGUUAGAACAGUAAUAAGGGCACACAAAAAUUUCGGGAAACAAAUAAUCAGAUUUUCUUCUUGAUUGUCAAUAUAUUUUUAUUAUUUUGGCAAUACAUUUUUAAUCUAUAUUAUUUUAGACGCAUUAAGGAGAUAUACGUAUAAAAAAAAAAGAAAUGGAAGAGGAAAGUAAGUAUCAACGAUGGUAUUUCAAUAUUUCAAUAUUUGUCUAUUUUCGUUGUUAAUUAGCAAAAUUAAUGACGUCUAAUAAAUACGAAUGAAAGGUGUAAGAUAUUUUUUCUAUUGAUUUUUGUAGAAGUAAACUUAAGUAAUUAUCCGGACUGUACAGUUCUUUCAACAUCGAUUAAAUUUAAAAAAGUAUACGAAUCUUUGAACAAUAAAUAUAAAACGUGUCUGACCAACAAUAAAUCAAUUUGUAAUAAUCAAAAGCAAAAAAAGGUAAAGAGGUAUUUUAACGAUGAUUUAGAUAACAUUAAAUAUUCUCGGGAAGAUGUAAAUAAAGAAAAUUUCAAAUGUAAUGCUGCUGAAGAACAAAAUAUUCAGCCUACCGAUUCAAAUUGUGUCAAAAAUACAAAUACUACGGACUUGUUUAAAAAUAACGUUCCUUUAAGUAUUUUAAUAAAGCAGAUGGUGGAUGAGGCUUUUGGAAAACCUUUGAACAUCAUCAACGUUAAAAAAGAAAACGUUAAAGAAGUAAAUUUGCACAAUACAAAUGAUAAAAUCAAUAAUACUGAGCAAUCAUUGGAAUUAAUAACAGAAAAUAAAGAUAGCAUAGAUUCGACAAAUGAUACUGCAUCUUCUAACGAAACUUUUUUGGAUCGUGUGAAAUGCGAUGAUAAAUUAAUUUCCAUAGAAGAAGAAUCGGAGAAUUCUUUGUCUAAUUACAAUAUUGUUGAAAAUACGGGAAUGCAUUUAAGUAAAUUAUUAAAAUUCGAUGCAGAGUCCAAUAAUCGAAUAAAUAAAGAUAACAAUAUUGCGUCUUUAAAAGACAAUAAUGACAAUUCAACAAUUAUCGCUAAAAUUAGUAAAGAUAUUUUUAAUUCUUCUGUUUUAUUUAAUACAGAGGAAAAUAAGGAAGAGAAACUCGAUGAUUCUUUGUAUUUUAGGGAUUUCGUGAAAAUAAAAUCGUUACUGAUAGAUCAAAAAACGAAUAUCGACAAUAAAUUCGUAGCACUGGAAACUGCGAACGACUCUACGAAUAAUUUGAGUUUCGAAAUAAAUGAGGACCAAACUAUGAAUAUUUUUAAUAUUUCGAAUGACAAAAACACCGUAGAAAACAAAGAAUCGUUUAAUGAACAAUCAAACUUAUCAAAAAGGGAGGAAAUGAAGGAAAUCUCUUCGUUUAAUGAUAAUUCGAUUAACACUGAUCCGUCUACGAAGAAAAAGCAAAAAUUCAUCAAUGAAGUUACUGUUAAUUUGCGAACACCUUGCAAAAGACGUGAAUUUACCACGUUUUGUCACAUUUCUUUGUCUAAACGUACACCGAAAUUAUCUAUGAAUACAAGAACUGUUAUUCCUCGCAAGAAUUAUACAGUAUUAACAAAUAAACCGAUUAAGCAUGCGAAUAUUUCUUCAACGGACUUUGCAAACGCAUCGAAAAAGAAAAUAACAUCAAAAAUCCCAAAACUUCAACAACAAAAUCAAGCAAAGCUAUUUAAAUCGCGUGACAUAAAUAAAAAACAACAGAUAUUGAUACCACAAUUAAUACUCACACCUGCCACUCCUGAGUAA